UGUGCAAGGGUUGUGAUGUUGAGUUUGAAGGAGCAGAGGGGUUUUAGGCGUGAUACUGAUAGCAUCCUAGCAGAUUUAUGACUCAGCUGUGGGAGAGGAAACAGGGUCUACGUGUGUAUGUGCCUUUUCCCGAUAAGUUUUCUGGGCUGGGGCUCGCCAAUAUUCUUCUUCUUUUUCUCCUCUCAGAAACUUCAUUUUCGCAAGAAUGGUGACUCCUCCUACUUCCUCUCAUGGGCUGUUUCAUUGCAGCAGUAUUGAUCCAUUUUGGCAGACCAUCAAGUCAAGGGGUACUUGUAUCCAUCCUUUGUUUGGUACUUCAACUCCUUCUGGUUCUCCAAAAGGUGCAUCAGCUUUUGCUUCCAAAAUGUCGUCUCCUUUUGGAAGCACUUCAUCAGGUUUUGGAGGAUCCAAGUGCACUGCAUCCAAUCCUGGUAUUGCUAACGAAUGUCAAGGAAGCAAAUUAGCAUCAUAUUAUGAGACACCAGAAGUAAAUGGAACAAAUAGUAGGUAUUCUGUUGGAAAAAUCAAAUCAAUCUCUGCGAUGCCCAUUUUUAGAGCUAAAAGUCAUGAAGAGUUGAGGUCAGAGGACUACAAGUUACACAAGGAAUCCACUUUUUCAAUCCGGAACCAAGGGAAUGCAUUUGAACAACCUAGCUCUCAAUUCCGUCCUUCCACUCCGUCUGUGCCAGCAAGUAUAUCCUUGUUUGAUUCUGGCAGUGGACUGGCCUUUGGUACAGCAACUGCUGCUCGAGUAUCUGAUUCACCUGUCAAACCACCAAUUGGCAGUACAGGCAGAGAUUUUGGUGUAUGGUUGUCUUCUGGAACAAGUGGUUCAAUUAGUGAUAGCAAUGGUAAUCAAGCUCCAAGAAACUCUGCUUCCGGAGUGUCAAGAACCACAAUAUUUGGUGCUCCUAACAACUCAGGAGUUGGCUUCAACCCAACACCAACAAUUUUGCACUCACCUUUAGCACAUGGUAGCACAAGCUCAAUAUUUGAUGUUCCUAAUGUGCCAUCUUUUGAACCUGGGAUUGCAAGCAGUGGUUUCAGCAGUAGUAUAUUUGGAUUUCCUAGUACUACUGCCUUUGAAGGAUUAAUCACUUCUGCUUCCCAAGUCUCUACAACACCAGGAGUUGGCAUUAGGUCGAUACCUUCAUUUUGGGCAACGUCGAUAUCCCUUGGCAGCAGCUUAUAUGGACCUCAAAGUAACUGUACUUUAGGAGCUCCAACCACUUCCAACUUUUCUGUCUCAACCACUUCAGGAUUUCUCUUCAGCUCAGCUUCAGCUUCUGGUAACAGUAACAUAUUUGGAAUUCAGAGUUCUUCUGGAUCCCAAGGAGCAACAACUCUUGAAUCUAUUGUUGGCAACCAGUACCGAGGAAGUCGAGUAGCACCUUAUUCUGCAACAAGGGAAGUUGGUGGGGCCAAUAAUUGGUAUUCUGUUGAGAAAAUUCAGUCCAUUUCAGCGAUGCCAAGUUACAAAGAUAAAAGCCAUGAAGAGUUGAGGUCACAAGAUUAUGAAUUAGGUAAUAAAGAGCAGACUUCUUGAGCUGCCCGCCAUUACUGCAUCACCCUUGUGUCAAUUCUCCCGGUCAUCCAUUUAAAUCCAGUCCGUCUGCCCCUAGAUCACAAGCCUUUAUUACUCCUAAUAGUACAAUUUUCACAGUUCCAACACUUUAUCCACAUGUGAAUGCAAUCGCUCCAACCAAGCUAUACCCCUCUCCAUCACAUUCCUUCAUUGCUCAACCUACUCCAGUUGCUUCUAUGACUACAUCUACCCCAAAUCUGAAGCCAUCUUCCUUGAUCCCUUUUAGUGAGUUAAUGCCCACAAAUAGUUGUCAGUUGCCUGCAAUGUCUACGACAUUCCCUCGUCCCUCUGCUAGCAUGUUUUCCUCAAGUAAACCUUCAUCCACCGUCGUAACAGCAUUAGGUCCAUGGCCAUCUGUUCUGAAUCCAUCACAGCCAGGACAAGCUGCUGAAGAAGUACAUCCUGGUUCUACUUAUAACCUGAGUCAAUCAUCACAAGCUUCGAAUGGCUUCACAGUGGUGACGGGUGCUGGCAGCCAGAACGCCAAUGGGCAACAGUAUUUUUCUUCCAGCACUGGGGGCAUGCAGUCAUCACUUGUGGUGAAUCCUUUUGCCACGCGAUCUGCAACUGAUCGAUCCAAUUCAGUAACAUCAGUACAAUAUGGAAUAUCGAGCAUACCUGUUAAAAACAAUCCUUCACCUGGCAGAAGGACAUCCUUAUUGAGAAUCCGACAUGUGUCCUUAAGACACAGCAGGUUGCCUGCAAAGAGACCUACUUGUGGACACCAUGAGCCUAAGGUGCCAUUUUUCUGUGGUAAAGAAGAUACCCCUUGUCCAGUUACUCCUUUUCUUCCGCGGGAGAAUCCGAGGGCUUGGUUAGUGAAUUCGUUGUCCGGGCAAGAGCAUGCGCCUCUUCAUUCAUAUGCAGAAGGCAAAGGUUGUGAAGCCGAAGCUUCUCCAAGUUCUCCCUUCCAACUUAAGGAGGAUGACUCGUCUGCCUUAGUGAACUUGCAUAUGGAUGAUGAUUCUGCACUAACUGAAAAACAUGAGGAUGUUGUUUUAGCUCUAAUACCAAAGCUUCCAAAUGGAGAAUACUACACAGAGCCUUCAAUAGAGGAGCUGGCAGCUAAGGAAAGGGCUGAACCAGGAUGCUGCAGCCGUGUGAAUGAUUUCGUUGUCGGGAGGGUGGGAUAUGGAAGCAUCAAAUUUCUUGGAGAAACAGAUAUCCGCAAUCUUGAUCUCGAAUCUGUUGUCCAGUUCAAAAAUCGGGAAGUGGUGGUUUAUGCGGAUGGAAGAAAGAAGCCAGCAGUCGGUCAAAGCCUCAACAAGCCCGCUGAGGUUACUCUACUUAAUGUCCACUGUAUCAACAAAAAGACAGGGCAGAAGUACAUCGAUGGGCCUCAGGUUGGGAGUUAUAAAGAGAUGCUGAUCAAGAAGGCUUCAGAACAAGGAGCUGAGUUUGUUUCCUAUGAUCCAGUUCGAGGGGAGUGGAAAUUCAGGGUUCAAAACUUCUAGCCUGUAUCAGUUCAGUUGUAAGGAUUACGAUCAAGUGAUUGUGGGAAGAAUCUCUACAUUUGCUGAACCAAAAUUCUACUCAGCUGUUGAAGUUACGUGUCUGAUUUAGGUUUAAUGAAACACUACCAUGUUUCUUCAAUGCCUAAGGACAUCCCUUUUGCUUCCUGUUCUUAUCUUGUAUCUAAAGUUGUUCUGUUCUUUUCUCCUCACCAUUUUUCCAUACUAUUUCUUAUAUUUGGUGUAAGAUUGAAUUUCAUAAUGGUAUGUGUAAUAUAAUUAGUUUUUACUUCAAAUUCUUUUC